AACUGGCAUCUCGUAUGUCUUUAUUUUGAAUGCAUUUACACGUUUCAGUUGUGUUAUAAGUAUUCUGCAUCUUGUUGUGUUUAGUUUAAGGGUGGCUGAAGAGAAGGAAAGUAACUAAAACAGAGGGAAAUUCAUUCUUUUGGUUUUCCAUUUCCGCUAAUUGAACGGAAAGACAUUCUUUAGUUGAUUGCAUUACUACAUUGCUUCCACAUAGUGUUCCCUUGCUUUCUUAUGCAUGCUGUUUAGACCUAUUGUUUAGUUUUUCUUUGCAGUGUGUUGAUCGUGAAAAGGUUAUUUUUCACUAUUUAGUCUUUUUGGAAAUGCAUAAUGGUUUAGAUGUGUCUUUACAUCUAACUUCUUUUUUCCAUUUUCUGGUGGACCCAACUGCUACCCGUCUUAUGCAUGUUCAUAGAGGAAUAGAUCUUAGGCAGAUCAGAUUGUUUGAUAGGUAAAUGAACUUUUUUUCCCUUUUAUUCUUUUCAAGAGGAGUACUCUAAUUAUCUUCUAGAUAUACCAAAUUGGUGGUAGUUAGGAGCAACUGAUUUUUAAUCUUUGGAUUAAUAGUCUAAGGUUUAAAAGGGAAUCUCUUUUCAAUAUUAUUGGUAUAUGUUAAAUUCAGAAAUGGAUAUGAAUGUAAUCUUCUUCUUUUAGGUAUCAUUCCUUGAAAUUUUUAUUUUACCUCUUUUACAUAUUUUUAUGAUUUGUUAUAUAAUUGGUUAGGAGGAGAAAGAACAUAUUGGAGAUACUUUUGUUGUACACAUGGUUGGAAGCUGUAAAGCAUCUUGCUAAAGGGUUUAUGGAGCUCUAAAACUGUUGUUUGCACUGGUUUUGAGUUAUAAGCUCAAAUAUUGGUCUUAGCUUGGAGCUUUGCUAAAAAAUGGUCAAUUUGGGGAAUGGGAUAAACAGAUUUUGAACUCAAUCGAACAUUCAAGCUUGUGCAGUACCUCUUGAUACCACAAGUUUGAGUUCUAAAACUAACUCUGUUUGAGAACUUUGACUGGGACUGAUCUAAACUAGAUCAACUUUAUUAAUGUUAGAUAGAAGAUGGAAAUGAAUUCCAACACCACAAGUUCAACUUCAGCUUUCUAUGUUUUUAGUCCGUACUUUUCUCAAUGAUUUUACGCAUUUUCACAUAUUCAAAGCAAUAAUUAAAGCUGAUUUUUGAACUUUAUUACAAGAAUUAGAAUUAUAGUCGAGAAGCCAAUCACUUGCAGGCAAUGUACUAAGUGAUCAUGUGGAGAAUGCAUUCAAAGUUUUGAACAAUGAGAACUAUUACUGAGAACAUGUAUUCAGUCAAAUUCUUGCAAUCAUCGAGUUGGGAAAUAUUCAGGAAUACCCUGUUCUAUAGUCUAGAAAUAUUUCCUGCUUUGUAAGGUAAUAAUAGUUUCUGACUUAUAUUAUUUAUUUUUGGUGGUCAUUUACUCUGAUUUGAACUUUGAAACAUUAGGAUGGAGACAAAAUGUCAUUGUUUUGUCCAAAAUUUGAGCAAUUUUUCUGUGGAAGAGAUGUAGCCCACCAUGCAAAAUCUAGUGCCUCUACCCUGAUUUUUUUCCACUUCCAGAGCUUAUCUUCUUCCACUAGUCAUGUCUUUAAUACUUACACAAUUUCCACCUCACAUCAUAAAUAUACAAUCCCACGUCAGAGGACAGCAGCCAACCAAGCUAAUGACGUUAAUCCCAUCCAUGCGUUAUCUCAUCAAUGAACCCUCCACAAACACACACCACACACUCAACCACAAAAACCACCCCUCUCCUCUACCGUAUAUGAAGCCUACAUCCUCUCCUCCUCCUUUCUUGAUCUGCACUACACUCUGAGUCUCAUAAGUUAAGGAUGGCCACUGUUACCUCUGCUGCUGUCACCAUUCCAUCAUUCACCGGCCUUAAGGCUGGCGCCACACCCUCCAAUCUUGCCAUGCAAAGGGUUGCUGUCACCCCGGCUGCUCCCAAGCUGGCAGUGAAGGCCUCAUUGAAGGACUUUGGCGUGGCUGUUGCUGCCACUGCCGCCUCGGCAAUGCUGGCCAGCAACGCCUUGGCCAUUGAGAUCACUCUAGGUGGUGAUGAUGGCUCCCUGGCUUUCAUCCCCCAAAACUUUGAAGUGGCGGCUGGGGAGAAAAUUGUCUUCACAAACAAUGCCGGAUUCCCACACAACAUAGUGUUCGACGAGGAUGAAAUCCCAGCUGGAGUUGAUGCAUCCAAGAUCUCAAUGGCUGAAGAAGACCUUCUUAAUGCAAAAGGGGAGACAUAUGCAGUGACUUUGACAGAGAAAGGGACAUACAGUUUCUACUGUGCUCCUCACCAAGGAGCUGGCAUGGUUGGAAAAGUAACAGUGAAAUAGAUUGACCUUUUCCUCUAUUAAUCACUUUGUACCCUGGAUGCUGAUCAUCUCAUUUUUGUAUUGCUUCAUCUGUAUUACAGUAAUAUAUAUAGAUAAUUUAGUUUGAUCUUU